AUGACUGAAGCUCAAUUCCCAUACGAUAUUACCUCCUGGCCCAUGGGGAGUCUCGUCGAUUCACAUAUGGGACAGCAGGACGAGCUUAGCCCGCACCCUUUCAUCGCCAGUGACUUUCCUCUGCUAAUGGAGGAGGACCUGGACCCCUCCUGGACUGCCCAGCAGUUCAACUGGGUGAAUGAAUACCCGGUUAAAUCGACCGCAUUUCAACCAUAUCCCCAAAUGUGGUAUGACGCCGGUUUAGUGAGAGAGGAGUGUGGAGGGAAGAGAACCGAUCCUACAAGUUUCUCCCUCCACCAAUCACCUACUUUCCAAACCACCGAGAAUCCCCCGAUCAAUCCCCACCCCGAUCUCGAACUCGCAACACAAAGAGCCCUUUUCAUGACUCCCACCCCGAAUACCCUCACCUUCCCUUUCCCCGGAUCACCAACCUCAGAUCCCAACGCAUCCCCAGAACCAAGCUAUGCUUCGUCUAGCGGGUGGGAAGGCGAAGCCGAGCACGACGAUACCCAAUACAUGCAAUUCGAUUUCGGGCCGUCGGAUUUCGGGGCCUCGGCACCAGACGCUCAAUAUCAGGCUCAUGGUCAGACUCAGACCCACAGUCUCCGCUCCCCGCACAGUCAACAAUCACGAAUGGACGAUGAGUGUCUCACACCACUCGAGAUGCCCGAUGGGAGUACCCGUAUGACAUCAAAUUGGCUGCCCGUUGACCCUGAGGCUGGGUUUGCGAUUGGUUCUUCCAUGAUGAUGGAUGAGGAUGUAGCGUUCCAGGAUAUGAAGCAUGCUUUCUUUCCGUCGGUGCCUCGGGCUUGGUCAUAUGAGCGAUGA